AUGGCAAAUGUUGGUUGGUGUCAACUUUUUCAUUCGUGUUGCAAGUUUUUUUUUGUCGAUAUUAACUACGAAAGGAGAAAAAGCUCUUUUCAGUUAAAACCCGACUUGAAGGGCCAGUGUUCUACAUUUCCAUAAACAGGCCGGAAAAGAAGAACUGUAUCAAUCAUGAAACGGCCAGACAACUCGUCACGGCGUUUGAGAAGUUUAAUGAAGAUGAAAAUGCAAAAGUGGCCGUUUUUCACGGGGAAGGUGAGUGAAAAGCAACCAAUUUUAAGGACGUCAGCGUACUCCCUAUGGGGGCUGAGGGAAAGUUCAUUUAAAGUGCCCGUAUAAGGUUGAAUUUCAGGGUGUCCUUAUAGGGAUGGAGGGUCUAAUUCCUAAGUCCUAAAGCUCAAGUGGCCCCUAUAGGGUCUUUUGAUUUUUUGGUCAGAUUUGAAAAGACUUGAUUGAUCAAUCCUCUGUCAAAACCUUUUCAGACGAACGGCAAUUAAUAAAAUUUUUGCAUAGAAAUGCUUCUUAUAGAGUUACUAACAGUAAUCGACUAACAUGUCCCCACUUUUGCAAGCUUAAGGGUCCCUAGAGGGGACCCUCCAAGAGCUCUAAAGCGGCCUAAACAUUCAAUCUCGCUUUUUGCGCGUCACUUUUCAUGCAUCGCGUGCAUUGCGUACAACACAUUUUAUUCUCCGCCCUUGCUGUGGAUGUGGCUUCGAUUCGGUGUCGCCGUGUUGUAAGCUUCAACGGCCCUAUAGGGGAAAAGGGAACCUGUAAAUCCCCCUGAGAUUGCCCCUAUAGGGACCACCCUGACCUAAGAUUCGAUUCAAACUAGUUUCGAAAUUUGAAAUCAUUUAGGCAGCAAUUUUUGCACUGGAUACGACUUGUCCGAAGUCUCACGUGGCGAUUUUGAACACUAUGAUCCCGAUUUUCUCGAAAAAUACAGAUAUUUGGUAUCUUCCUUCUCAAAUUCUCCUAAAAAUCAAAUUUAUAGGGACCAACAAAUAUGAAGAUCAAAAAGCCGUUAAUCGCCGCCAUUGAGGGCUACGCGGUCGCCGGCGGCUUGGAAUUGUCCUUGAUGGGUUUUUUCAUAAGGAAAAAUAAUAAUAAAGAAGAAAUAAUCACAGCUGACAUGAGGGUUUGCGGAAAAUCAGCAACUUUCGGAGUUUUUUGCCGAAAAGUCGGAGUUCCUCUCAUCGACGGCGGAACAAUUCGGCUUCCACGAGUUGUCGGUUUUGGAAGGUCAGAAAAAAAUCAGAAAUUUAUGAAAUUAAGUUUUGAAUAUCGCAAAAUCGUUAUUGUAACCGAAAUUCAUGGGGAGGAAUCAAUCUUGAAUAGGCGUCAUAAUUAUAGACUCGCAGACUUUUUCCAAUUAUUUUCUGAAAAUUCGAUAGAUUUCGAAAAAUGAAACUCGUUCAGUAACAGUUUUGCAGAGCUGAUAUCGAAACCUAGAUUUUUUUAUCAAAAAAUUUUUUUCCAAAUGUGAAGUCUUUGACUGCGUCUUAAUUAUAGACUCGUAUUUUUAUUUUUCUUUUCUUAAGUUGAAAAAAAUCUUGAAUUCUCGUGUUUCUUUUUUUCAAACGAUAUUCACAGAGUGCGAAAACAAAUUCAUGUCAAUGAGCUGAGAUUUAAAAAAAGUUCUUGUUCUUCGAGAAUAUACUAUUUGUGAUUUCGUCUGAUUUUUUUCCCUGACAAAAGUUGUUCAGAAUCAGAAUCAUUUUUUCGUUCUUUUUCAGAGCGAUGGACAUGAUUCUAACAGGACGUGGCGUCGGAGCCGAAGAAGCUCUUUCUUGGGGAUUGAUGAAUCGAGUCGUUUCUGACGGACAAGGUGUCCCUUUUUUUCAUCAUUGAAUAAUUUAUAUUUUCGAAGAAUGUUGAAUAUUUUUCAAUUCUUCCGCUAGAACUUGAAAAAGUAUAUUUUCUUACAACUAACCAGGGAAUGGUCUCCAGUCAGCAUAUAUAGAUCUCGUUCUUCUGUCAACAUAAAACAAAUUAAUUUUUUCCCGAAAAAAUUUUCAAGCUUGGAUAUGAUUGGUCUUUUUUAGUAAGAUUCUUUUUGUAAUGUCUUUUCAGUUUUUGGUUGCGAAUUUCUUGAAAAUUGGUCAGGAUACAUGUUGAUCAACCAGAUAAAUAUCCCGUAGGCCUCAAUCUUUUGAAAUUUCUAGUUUUUGAAAAAAAAAACGCCUCAAAGUCAAAGAAAAACCUCAAAAACCGUAAAAAAAAGGCCUUUUUAUGGCUCUGAGUCCUCAUUUCUCGGAAACUGAAAAGUUGUGCAGAUCUAGACUUACAGGAUCUCCUUUUGGUACAUCAAGGAGUAUUCUGGCCAAUUUUCAGGAAAUUCCCAUCCGCAAAGAAGAAUGACCUCCUUGUUAGCGCCUCUUUUUUUCUUGCUGAUUCUCUCGUCUUUUCGUUAAAUUUUCCUGUUUCUUUUACCUCUCCGGUGAGAGAAAAGAGAGCACAGACAGGCCAGAGUGCUUCGGGAUGAAAUUUCUGUGGAAAUGAAGCAUUCUGUUCAAAUUCCAGCCGUAGCCGAAGCCACGAAAUUAGCCCAACAGAUUGCCAGUUUCCCGGAGCAAUGUAUGUUGGCUGAUCGGAACUCCUCUUAUUAUUCCUUGGACCAUACAACCGAGGAAAGUUUCGCCAGAGAGUACGAGAACAUCUCUGUUUUAGGCGAGAGUAUCAAAGGUUGGAAGUUUUCUUAUUUUAGUUCUAUCUUGUUCGUAUAAUCAAAGUAUUUCCGGCGAUUUUGAAUUUGACGCGUUGUUAUUUUAUAAUGGGGGUUAGCACCGUCUACUCAGACAAUCUUUUCCUCCAGCCGUUUCCACAGAUCAGCUGUUAGAUUUAUUUGAUUGAUUUGAUUGUUUUGAUGUAUUAUUUUUUUGUAUUUGUCGUGCAGAUUGCGGAAUGGCGAAUAAACACUUGAAAUGAAAUAAUGAUUCCGCAAAAUUGAAAUUUCAAGAGCCGUCGAAAAUUGGGUCCCAGAACGAUAUGAUGACUUAGACGCGCAAAUUUAAAAUAAAAAGUUUUAAAUUUCCAAGUUUCGCGCGUAAAAUUCGCGAUCUCGUUGUAGGACCUAAUUUUUUUCAACCGCAUCCGAAUUUCCAAUUUUGCGUGUUUCGAGAUCUUAUUUUUUAAAAAAAGAGUAAAUCGCCGAAAUUACUUUGAACACGGCGUUUAGAAGGUUCAUGAAGUUAAACAUCAAAAAAAAUAAUUUAAUUUCAUUCCAGGAGCUCAACAGUUCAUGCAGAGCCAAGCAAAGAAAAAAUCGAAACUUUGA